AUGAAUCGUUUAGAUUUUGAAUCAAGAAUUCGAAAAUGGAAACAAACUCGGCUUGGUUCAUGGAAUCGUCAUGUUUUUACGCAUAGAUCAACUAGUAUAGAACCGCGAAGUCGAGUCUUAUCACGGCUCAAUGUUGGGACUGCUGAAGAAAAGUCCCCCAGAAGUACACCAUUACCUCGUCGUUUUUUUACAAAUGGAAAAGCUCAAUUACGACCUUUUGUUGAUUUUACAGCUCAAGUAGCAGCUCAACAAAAAGCUUCACCUGAUGAUGAGGAAAUAAUGAGAAGAGUGGAAAAAAUUAAAAGACAGUCUGGAAAAUUAACUAUUAAUGAUGUCGUGUAUGAUGCUAACAUAACAGAUAUUGAAAGAAUUGGCGAACUUGGUUGUGGUACCUGCGGUAUCGUCUAUAAAGCACGAUUUACUCCCGUUGGAACAUUAAUGGCUGUGAAGCAAAUGUCUAUAACUUCAAUACUUGAAGAACGAAAAAGAGUGUUAAUGGAUUUGGAGGUUGUAUUAAAACCGCAUGACUGCCCAAAUAUUAUCCGUUGUUAUGGAUGUUUUUUGAAUGAUUAUGAAGUACAUAUAUGUAUGGAGCUCAUGCUUACAUGUCUUGAGAAAUUGUAUAAAAGAAUUGGUCACGGUUUUCCGGAAGAUGUUCUUGGAAAAGUAGCAUUAUCUGUUUUGAGGGCUCUUAAUUACCUCAAAGUUCAUCAGAGUAUCAUUCAUCGCGACGUUAAGCCGUCUAAUAUGCUGUUGGAUACAAGUGGGGCAAUAAAACUUUGUGACUUUGGUAUAGCCGGAAGUUUGGUGAACUCUUUUGCUAAGACUCGGGUUGCUGGUUGUUCCGCUUACAUGGCUCCAGAACGACUAGAAGAUGCACAUGACUACGAUACUCGUGCAGAUGUUUGGAGCUUAGGUAUCUCGCUGGUUGAAUUAGCUAGAGGCAGAUUUCCAUACGAAGGUUGCAAGAGCGAAUUUGAACUGUUAUCAAGGAUUCUUUCGGACGCUCCGCCUUUACUGACCACUGGCGAAGGAUUUUCAUCAAAAUUCUGUACAUUCGUAUCUCGUUGCCUUAUCAAAGAUUAUAAAUCAAGACCGAAGUAUAGGGAUCUAUUGGUAUGA